AUAGUUUUAUUUAAUUCUAUGUAAGCUAUGUGUCUUGACGUGACUUGCAACAAUAGUAAACAAAAUAUGAUCAAGUUAUCGGAGGAGAAUUCAAUAAUUCAAGAGCAAUCUAAUUCACUAUCAGAAUGUCAAGUGAAAUGCUUAUGUGGAGGAAGUUUAGUUAACUUUCCGCCUAUUUUUGAUCCAAAUGGAGAAUCCAUUUAUGUAGUUUGGAAUGACCAGAUUCGAAUGUUUAGUAUUCAAACAGGAGAAUGCUUAAGAAAUCUUGAAGAAAAUAGAGAUGGUGAUAUUGUUGGAGUUCACAUUGAUACAGAGACUGAGAAAUCUCUUGUUGCCUGCACAAAAAAUGGGACAAUCAUCAUCUGGAAGUUGGAAUCAUUUCUCAUUGUCAGUAAAUUGAAAUUGAAUCUAGGCAAAUUAAUGGAAGUUACCAAUUUCGUUUUUUCAUCGAUUGAUGGCGUUGCUCAUGGAAUUGUCAGUUUGAUAGACGAAAACGAGAAAAUUCAACUUGUUCUUGUAGAACUCAAGAAAGGAACUGUUGUCCAACGUUAUGAUAUUCCCUUCAUUAAUGGUUCCAAUCAUCACAAAUUGAAAAUUUCUGAUGGUCAUCCAGGAUCAAAUUUCUUCGUUGUAGUUCAAAAGCAAAUAAUCUUCGUUGUCGAUAAAAUGUCAAAGGAUUUCAUAACUCACAAGAAUGAUACGACAAUAAAAGUUGUUGUUUGUCAUCCUGAAAUGGAAAUGUUUGCAACUGGCGACUAUGUUGGACGAAUUAAACUUUGGCACAAGUUUUUCGAUGAGAAGCCAGUGAUCAGUUUACUUCAUUGGCAUCAUCAAAUCGUUUUAAGUCUCGCAUUCUCUCAAUCUGGUACAAUUCUUUAUUCCGGAGGGCUUGAGUCAGUUCUUGUUAAAUGGCAUAUUAAAAAUAAGCUUCUUGAAAGAGAUUUUCUUCCUCGUUUAUCUGGAAGCAUUGCGCAUAUCAAAGUAGACACAAAACAUGAUAAAAUCGCUUUGUCAAUCGAUGAUAAUGGAAUUCAAAUCAUCAAUUCAAGUUUCACUAAACUCCAGACAAUUCAGGACUUUACAAAGAUUUCCAAAUAUGAUUUGAGUGUUUCGCAACCUUUUCCUGCUGGGAUCAAGUUGAAUCCGAGAAAUCAUCAUCUGGUUAUGAAUGGAAGAAUCGGUCACUUGCAAUUUUUCUCAACAAAAACAAUGAAACUUCUCUUCAACAUUGACAUAACAAUGAGGAAUGUCAUACCUCGUGUUAAGAAGCUCAACAUCUUCAACACUCACGUGACACGAGUUGCACUUUCACUCGAAUGGAUGGCAACAGUUGAAAGUUGGAAUGAUCGAGUUCAUCAUCCUGAUUCGAGAUUAAAGUUUUGGAAGUUUCAUGAUGAAAAGCAAACUUAUUCGCUCCACACACAAAUUGAACAAGCUCAUCAGAAUGACAUCAUGUCGGUUGAUUUCUCAACGAAAGAAGUGUCAAAAGCUCUUAUUUGUGCGACAGCUGGACUUGAUAAUUGUAUAAAGAUUUGGUCAUUGGAAAAUGCUGAAGAUGUGAAGAAUUCGAAAAAGAUUUGGUUGUGCAUCGAGGAAUUAAAUUAUAAAAAUCUUCCAGUUCGGCAUUUUAGUUUCUCACAAGAUUCAUCAUUAAUUGCAGCUGGUUUUGGAAAUGUUUUAUGUGUUUGGGAUACGAUUAAGUUUUCCCUUAAAUGUGCUCUUAGUGCUCCAGCAUCACAAGAUGGAUCAGUCAAGCAGAUUACAAUAACACUGCCGAAAAAUUCAAAUGCAUUAACGUCAAAGGAAAUCAUUUCAAAAACCAUCGAAAAGAGGAAGAAAACUUUGGAAAUUAUUAAAUUAAUCAUUCAAGGAUCUUCCGAUAGUGAAAAUCUUUUGGAAAAGUUGGAAUUGAAUGGAAUUGAAGAAGAUAUGGAAAAAAUCGAGAGAAUCAAUCCAAAAGAUUUAACAAGAAUUGAAAAGGAAAUAAUUUUUAAACAAGUUAUGGGUUAUUACGAUCUAAGCUUUAGUCAAAAGAUUCAAAUAUUUCAUCAAUUGAAUAUUUAUUAUAAAAUCAGCGAGCAUAUGGAGAAAGAACUUGUCGAGUUCAUCUUGAAAAAUUAUUAUGAAAAUCUUGUGUCGUUUAGAAAACUUUCCCAAAACAUUAAAAAUUAUCAAGGAAUGGAAAAGUAUCAACUUCAAUGGCGUUUUAGGAAAUUUAAAUCUCAAGCUUCAAAAAGAAAUCGAAAAAUUAUUACAAUAAGAAAAUUAUUGACAGAAAAGAUUAAUGAAGAGUUCGUUAAAAAGAAGAAUGAAAAUGAUGACUUAAGUGGAGAUCUUUCUUCGAUUAAAGUGUUGACACAAAUCACGAAUGUCUUGUGUUGUAGUGAGGAUUUUUCACAUCUUGUGAUUGUGACAACACCGAGACGUCUUCUUGUGUGGAAUCUUUUGACUUUGCAGCUUCAAGGAUCGUUUAAGCUUCACACAAAAUUCAUAACGAUCGAUCCAUUGACAAAUCUUGUUGCUGUCUUCACAGAGUAUGACGAACUGUUUGUGAUUCAUCCAAGUCCUGCAUUUACAAUUCAUCAUCAGAAAAAUAUUCCCGAAGCUCUUAAUGCAAUUUGGGUACCACGUGAGAAUCCUUUGGAUCAGUCAUUAACAGUGAAUUGGCAAGCAAAGUCGCAACUUUUAUUUCUUAAUAAACACCAGGAAGUUUGCACUUUUAAACUUCCAAGUGAUGAUGAUUAUGUGUCGUCAGCUGCGUUCUACAAUAAUAACAAAACUUCAACAACCAACACUCCAUUUGCCGCUAUGAUUGCACAGAGAACGAUUGAUGAGACAAUGAAAGAUGAGAAAGGAAUCACGAAGAGAUUUUCGAUAAGUGGAUCAGGAAAAGUUAAAGAUAUAAUAAACUUGUCAUCACAUGCAAUGCCUCCUAUGAGAUUACUGAACAAGGACUUCAUCGGAUCCAUGUUGUCAUCGACGGAAAAAAUAACAAAACAUCGUGAAAAAGCUGAUACUGUUGAAACAAUGGAAAUCAGUGAUGAUGAAGAUGAUGGACAAGAUGUAACAAUGAAAGAAUUACAGAAAAUUUUUAGAAGAAAAGCUAUGGAAAAAGAAGCAAGAGAAAUAAUGGAGAAAGGCAUUAGAAAGAAGGAAGCAAUAUUAAGUAUCGAGACAGCAAUGAAGCUUCGUAAAACUAUAAUUUCGAAGGCUAAGCAAGAUGUGGCAUCUUCAAUUUUCUUAUUUUCAAUGAUUCCGAUAAUCUUUAUCUAUGAAAUUCAGAUCAUUUUUCCAACAAUCCAUGAAUAUUCGUUUUACUUCUACAUAAAUAUUGUGUGGGCAACGUUUCUCGUGUUUAACAUCAUUGGAAAUCUUUUAUCAAUUAUGCUGAUAGAUUCAAGCAUUUUCUCUUCUGAUGAGCUCAUGACAAUUUCACGAUUAAAAUCGGAUCCAAAUGCAAAAGAAUGGAAUUUAUGUGAUAAAUGUGAUCUUGUUGUUCCACCACGAUCAUGGCAUUGUGACAUUUGUGGAGUGUGCAUAUUAAAACGAGAUCAUCAUUGCAUGUUCGCCAGCAAUUGUAUUGGAUUACAAAAUCAUCGAAACUUUCUUAUGUUCUUAUUUUACUUCUUCAUUGGGACAACGUAUGCUUUCAUCUAUAAUUCCUACUUUAUUUGGUAUCUCAACAGUCACAUUUUUAUUCAUUGGACAACACUCAUUAAAAUGGUUUUACCAAUGUUCAUGGUUUUCUAUGGAUCAGCUCAGGGAUCCGCUGUUGAAUUCCAUCUCUGCCUUUAUAUGUUAAUUCUUAUCGGUGCAGCGCUUUCAGGAGUUUUAAUUAUAUAUCAUGGACGAUUAAUCAUAAAAAAUGACACAACACAUGACAAAAAACGCGGUGCAUACGAUUUAGGACUUAAGGAGAACUUAAAAUUGUUGUUUGGUGAUAAAUGGCGUUUAAGUUUAAUUUAUCCUUUCGUUAACAGUUCAUUACCAAAGAAUUAUUGGAAAACUGCCAAUGAGAGUCACAAAAGUAAGUAAUUUAUUAAUAUUUAAGAUUCUGCCAUUCCUUUCUAUUAAAUCAGUAUUCAAUAUUAUUGAUUAACUUAAUUCUGGUCAACUACAAAUCACAAUCUUAAAUAAAAUACAACUGAAGUUAUUCAAGUUACAAAACAAAUCUUUUUUUU